CAUCUCACUUCCUUAGCCUACUCUCCGGACUCUCAAUUUGUCGGUCUCUUGGUCUGUACCAACAUACGGCGUUUGUUAUGGCUGAGUUUUUAGUAUUUUUCUUUAAAUAGGCUUUAAUCUAAAGAAUAUUUUAAUGGGUUUGGCCUUUGUUUGGUGUGUCAUAUCAUUACAGAGGGGCAAGUUCCUAUUUCGGGUUUCUUGGUUGGCUAACGGGAGUUAACAUUAGGUUGGCUAACUUCGCCAGCUAACGUUCACGUAAGCUGAUGAAGUAAACUAGCUGUAACUGUGUAAUAUAGAGUUUUUCUUCCUAUGGACUGUGUUUGAUCAAUUGUUUUCCUGACAGCUGUCUCAGUGACAUUUGUAACGCUAAACUUCGUGCCACCUCAUCCGAUUUGAGAGCUAAACGCUAGCAGUACUCAGUAGUCAGUGCCCCUGGAUUCGAUUCAAAUAGCCACCUUGUUACAUCAAAAUGAUGGACUUUGAUAAUAUAUUGAACAUCGCCUCGCAAAACCAGGGCCUCGGCAGUGUACAGCAAAAGAGGUACAGUUUACAAGUUGGACCAUCCAAAAAGGACCCAAGGUCGAAAGGUGUAAAUCCUGCUGCUGUGCAGGCGCUUCUGAAAAAACAAUUUCAUGAGACCAAAAAGAAAGAAAGUGAAUUUAAGAAACAGAAGGAGGAACUACUUGCCAAGAGAGUCGAGUUGAAGUCAGACCGUAAAGCGCGGGCCAUGGCUUCCAGAACUAAGGACAAUUUCAGAGGUUACAAUGGCAUCCCAGUGGUAGAGGUUCCUAAGAAGAGGAGAUCAAAACUAGAAAUGCAGGAAGAAAGAUCAAUGAAUGAGGAAGGAUUUAGGAAUAACUCAAUUGACCCAGAGGAAGAUGAGGAUAAUUAUGAGUAUGAACAGACAGAUUCAGAACCAGAUGAGCAGCCAGAGCUGCUGAGACCAGGGAAAACCAAUAAUAGUACUACUUGUAGUAGUGGCAAGGCCUCCUCUAAAAAACUCAGUGGGGCACCCAAGCCUGCUCCACCGCCCAUGAACUUUGCAGACUUACUGAAAUUGGCAGAGAAGAAACAGUUUGAACCAGUUCAGCUUAAAGUUAAGACCUUGAGAAAGGAAGAAAGGCUCCGCACAGCUGACGAGAUAAGGGAACUGGAGCUGGAGCGCAAGGCUAAGAGGCAGGGCAAAGACAGAGACCCAAAUACAGAGAAGGAAAGAGAUAGCAAGUCCCAUUCUAGCUCUAGUUCAAUAAAGAAAGGGACUCUAGAGAGGGAGCAGAAGAACUGCAGACCACAAAAGAACUUAGAAAAGCCAAGUGUACCCAGUGGACCAGGAAAGAAGUCACACCAAAUAUUGAAUAAAAGUGAUAAAAGUCACUCUUCUUUCAAGCCCACUGAUGGGGACAGAGAAAGACCCAAGACAUCUCACAGUGAUAGAGACAGAUCCAAGACAAGCUUUUCGAGUUCAUCUGGCGCCAUAAACAGGAAAGUUCCUUUGAAAGCCACAUCAUCUCAGGUUUCAGCCAAACAAGGGGGGGGCAUGCCCUCUUCUAGCCACAAAUCCAACACCUCAAGUGACCUUAGCUCAAAAAAAGAUAACUUAUCAUUACUUCAAGGAAGAGCUUCAGGUAUUCCUGGGACCAGGCCUCCAGGUGCAGCUGCAACAGGCCAAAAAUCUCAACAUGGAAGCUCCCAGCAGACCAGGUCCAGUCAGGGUAGCUCUUUAAAGCAAGGACCUUUUGUCGGAGGCUCCAAGUUCGGAAAGGGAGAACCACCAAGGACUGGAAUUAAUUCUGGGGUAAAAUCAAGUGGUAAUUCAGUGAUGAGACCUUCAUCAGGUGGCCCUCCGAAGGCAAUGGGCCAGCUUCAGGCAAAGCCUGGAAGUAUGCUCCAGGCAAAAUCAGGUGUUGCCCCACAGGCCAGGCCUGCUGGGAGGGGCAUGCAGGGUCAUCCUGGAGGUUGUGGAUCUGGAACUCCAGGGUUGGCAUCUGGACGCCCUGGUAGUGGAGGAGUGGUACCCGGACGAUCGACUGGCAGCACUGGAUCAGGCCCUGGAAGACCAAAGUGCACUGUGGUGUCAGAGACCAUCUCAUCCAAGAAUGUCGGUGGACCCAGAAUGGGUGUCCCUCCUCGGCCAGGCAUGCCACAGAGACCUGGGCUAGCACCAAGAGGGGGAAUGCCACCCAGACCUGGAAUGCCUCUCAGACCUGGAAUGCCUCCCAGACCUGGAAUGCCUCCCAGACCUAUGAUGAACAGACCACCAGGUCCAAUGUUACCACCCAUCACCUCUGCAUACAAAAGAAAAUAUGAGGAUGAAGAAGAUGAGUAUGACUCAGAAAUGGACGAUUUUAUUGACGAUGGAGAUGAUGAGCAAGAAGAAGUUUCCAAGCACAUUAAGGAAAUCUUCGGCUAUGAUCGAAACAAAUACAGGGAUGAGAGUGACUAUGCACUUAAAUUCAUGGAGAGCAGCUGGAAGGAUAUGCAGAAAGAGGAGGCCAGGAGCCUGAAGAUGGCAGUGCAGGAAGAUCUGGAGGAGGAGAAAAGAGAGGAAGAGGAGCGGAAAAUAGCUGUCAAGAGGAAAAGAAAGAACUGAAGUCCAUUUGCUGCUGAGAUGAAUAAAAAACAAAUGCUGUCAAGACUGAGCAGUGGGUCUGCCAACACCUGAAGCCCAUCAGUUGUGUCCAUUUUGGCCUCGGUUGCGCCCUCUCUGCUUUGCUCCCUAUGUUUGGACAAAAACUGAGUAGAGUGACAAAUGACAUUGGCUCAAGAGAGUGAAGUGAAGAAUUUUAGUCAAAGAUACCCCUAAAAAGUGAAAGACAAAAUAUGCACAAAUCACGUAGUCUGUUAGGAUGUGAUGAAAAGUUCUCACAUUUUCCCUGUUAUUUAUUUCCCUCCCCCCGGAGUGGGUGUUUACACUGUCAGUGGUCCCAAUUUCUCAAAGGAACUGAGUUGCAAAGAGAAGUAUAAAUAUGGAAGAGUGUGAUUUCUUUUUUUCUUUUUUCUUUUUUUUUUUUCCAACUAAUUUUGACAUACAGUCUCAAGUGUUAUACUGUUUUUGGAGCAGAAGUUGCUGCAUAUUUUUUCAAGCAAACUUUGAUUGUCAAGUCAAUUGAAUAUGCAGAAUACAUUACUUCUUGA